AUGGAAAAUGACGUGAACAGUGUGACCAUCAGAGAGCUCCGCCAUGAGGAGGCGACCGUAGCACGUGACAUCGUCGUGGAUGGACUCUACCGAGCACAAUGCCAAGGAGGCAGGUCUGCAGCAUACAAAGGGAACAUUCCGUGCAACUCUUACUCUCCUACAAAAACGGAGGGCGAGUGGAACCGGAAGGAUAAGAUAUUUGCUAAGGACAACAGGGAAGCGUGCUUUGUUCUACACCUGUCGCGGGCCCCCCUGUUCCACAUCGCCACUACUGUUGGACCCUGCAUCAUCCUGGUUGUGCUGAUGAGCAUGACCUUUAUCAUACCCCUUGACAAGGGCGACCGGAUCUCGUUCGGAGUGACCAUUCUACUCUCCAUGGUCGUGUCCUUGGUGUUUGUGACAGACGUACUUCCUGUUAAGGGGUCAUUGCCGUUUUUCGCUACGCUGAUCAUCACCUGCAUGGGCCUGAUGGGAUUGUUCCUGUUCUUUACUCUGGUCAUCAUCGUCAUCCAUGACCGGGAGGGCAGCCUGUCUCCGGCGGCAAAGACAAUUUUCCUCCGCUACAUUGCAAGGAUGCUGCUGUUGGGUGAUCUGACAGCAAAUAAGCAAGCAAACGAUGAAGAGGUUGACGUGAUCAACCACGCCGCCAUAGAGCUGACCAACUGCGCCUAUGAAACCGAUAACGUGUCGGAGGCUGACGAAGAAGUCAUAUACUUCGGUGGCCAUGAGAGGAGCGAGCAGCCAUCGACCCCUACUGAGGAUGCUUCCGGAUCAUCUGGACUCUCAGAGCUAAACGCCAGCGUUAAAGAGUUGAUUACGGUGGUCAGGGAAGUUGGAGAUCUGACCAAUGCCGAGAUUAGAGAGCUGACCAAGGCCGUGAAGAACGAGGAGGAAGUGUCUGACUACAUUCUGCUGGCCAAAGUCCUGGACAGGCUGUGUCUUGUCCUGUACUUCAUCAGCAUCGCCGCAACCGUUCCUAUGACCAUGUAUUUGAGCAAGUAA